CCAGUUCUGCCUCUCGCUCCCCAGACCCCACCUCUCCUCUCUCCCCUCUCCCCUCUCUCCUCUCCCCGGUUACACCUUCGGGUCUCCGGGAUCCCGCAGAACCCCCUCACUCACUUUUCCAGACCCACAGACACAUCUCGUUCUCCCCUCAGUGGCCCAAAGGCUUCCGCAGUCACCAUCCUGAAAUGCCUCAACCUUUUCAUUCUUUUUGCUCCAUGCCGGAAUCCAGAAUCCUCACCCAUCUUCGUAUACAUUUUCAGUCCUCAUACUUCCAUCUAGUGUCUGUCCCCAAAUCUAACUACCUCAGACCAGAGCCUCCCCCACCCCACGCAGUGUAAUCCCACUCUGGAUUAUCUAAUAAUGUGUUUGAUAUCUCAAAGAAAAGGAGGGGUAUCGGAAAGGUACAAGCCCUCCCCCAUCUUGCAUCCAGUGUACUUGGCUUCCCAUCCCUUCCCAACACCCUGUUGACAGUUUAAGCCCUAUGGUCUUUUCAGUACCGCCUUUAGCCUGCACACACCUCCUUCCAAAGCCAGACCAAGAGUGUGGGGAUUCUUUUACCUAAGUGUUGUGCAAGGGUGCAGGGCUGGUGGGGGGGGGGGGAGACACACCGGGAAGUACUGUUUUCCUGGAACAGGAAGGAGGGAUUUCAAGAGUUUUCUUCGGAGUCCUGGUUUGUCAAUUCAUCUACCUAGGGCUCAAUCUGAAACUUUGCCUCUUGUUGUAACUGGCCUUCCUGGCACUAGGAGCAGAAAGCCUGUCUAGCUUUCAAAUGGGCAGUGCCUUAUUAAUACCUAUUUCUAGAAGUUACUUCAGCUAGAACUCCCAUGGUUGACAGAUGUUUCCUAAAGAGGGGCGGGGGACAAGAGUUAGAGGUCUUGGGGGGGGAGUGACAAGCCCCCACCCAGAUAUGUCUAUGUCAUAGCAGGAAAACAUUCCUGCGGGUGAAUGUUGGUUUUCAGAGGCUCAAACUCGUGCUCUUGCUGCACUAGCAUUUGUUAAUAUUGUUGUUCUGAGAGAGAAGGGUCAGGUGAUGGUCUGAGCUGCACCUGUCCCAGAGGGCACUCCAAUGAUGGCUGUGAACUAAAGGUGCUGGGCUAUCGGAGUUCACUGCCGUUGGACCUAGGGAGUUCCUCCCGGGACUGAGAAUUUGUAGACCUUUACCAGAGAUUGUGUUCACUGGCCUUUCUGUUAGGACCUAGGCCAGAUAAAUCCAGGUGGGAUGCACUGCUAACAAGUCUGUCUCAUGGAGAGUUAGGGGCUGAGGAUAGGUUUCCAUUAAUGUGUGAUCUCUGUCUCCUGUGCUAGGUGAGCCUCAGGUGUGACCCACAGGGAUCCAGGUGACGUCUCUGCAGACUCUUUGCCAUGUCACCCCACCAAAGACUGGGGGAGUAAAGUGGGAAUUCUUUCCCAUGCCCCUCCCAUGGUCAGCUCCCCAAUGGCCUGGGUGAGGGUGGAAAGGCUGCUCUGACACCAUGGGGAGCUGCUGUAGCUGCCUGGACAGAGACAGCGUGCCACACAACCACCCUACCAAGUUCAAGGUGACAAAUGUGGAUGAUGAAGGGGUGGAGCUGGGCUCGGGGGUGAUGGAGCUGACACAGAGUGAGCUGGUGCUGCACCUGCACCAGCGGGAAGCUGUCCGCUGGCCCUACCUCUGCCUUCGGCGCUAUGGCUACGACUCCAACCUCUUCUCCUUUGAGAGUGGCCGCCGCUGUCAGACAGGCCAGGGUAUCUUUGCUUUCAAGUGCUCACGGGCUGAGGAAAUCUUCAACCUGCUCCAGGAUCUCAUGCAGUGUAACAGUAUCAACGUGAUGGAAGAGCCAGUCAUCAUCACACGUAACAGCCACCCCCCAGAGCUCGACCUCCCUCGAGGACCCUCACAGCCCACUGGCUACACCAUCUCCAGCCUCUCCAAUGGCUACCCUGGCUGUCCUGGAGAGGGCCCACGGUUCUCUGCUCCCCGCCGACCCUCCACAAGUAGCCUGCUACACCCAUCGCUUGGGGAAGAGUCCACCCACACCCUCAUUGGCUCUGAUGAGCAGUCCCACACCUAUGUCAACACACCAAGGGGUGAAGAAGACCACCGCAGGAGUCGCUACUGCCUUCAGCCACUGCCUGAGGGCAGGGCACCCUUUCCACCACAGACCCGGGUUUCCGACCAGCGGGAUGCACAGGUGUUCUUGCAGCCUGGGCAGGUCAAGUUUGUGUUGGGCCCCACCCCUGCUCGUCGACAGGUGAAGUGCCAGACCCUCUGCCCCAGCAUGCACGACCCUUCCCAUCACAACAACAACGAGGGCCCUUCUGAGUGCCCAGCCCAGCCCAAAUGCACCUACGAGAAUGUCAGUCAGGGGAACUUGCGGCAAGGGUCUGGCUGGAGACUGAGCCCAGAGGAGCCAGGGUGGAGUGGCCUGGCCCACCGUCGGGCUGCCCUGCUGCACUAUGAGAACCUGCCCCCUCUCCCCCCUGUGUGGGAAAGCCAAGUCCAGCAACUGGGCGGGGAGGCCGGGGAUGAUGGGGACUCCAGGGAUGGGCUUACACCAUCCUCAAAUGGCUUCCCCGAUGGUGAGGAGGAUGAAACACCCCUACAGAAACCCACCAGCACCCGGGCCUCUGCCCGUAGCCACAGCAGCUUCCCUGUCCCACUGACCCGCCGCCGAGGCUCCCCAAGGGUCUUCAACUUCGAUUUCCGCCGGCCAGGCCCUGAGCCCUCAAGGCAGCUCAACUACAUUCAGGUGGAGCUCAAGGGCUGGGGCACAGACCGUCCCAAGGGGUCCCAGAACCCCUCCGUGUCCGGAGCUCCUGGGCCUACCCCACACCCUGUUCGAAGCUCAGACUCCUAUGCUGUGAUUGACCUCAAGAAGACCGUGGCCAUGUCCAACCUGCAGAGGGCUUUGCCCCGAGAUGAUGGCACUGUCAGGAAGACUAGACACAACAGUACGGACCUGCCUCUGUAGAGCUGGUCCUCCGCCUGCCUCUGCCUCCUGCAGGGAGACCUCCACCUCACCCACCAGCCCGGACUCACAGCUGCUUUGCAGAAAGACACUGGGGUAGACCAGAUGUUUCCCUGCAUUGCUGGAGUCCCCAAAGACGGCAGCCACUGAGUGUCGGUCCCCAGAGAUGGGGAGAGGAGAAGGGUGAGCUGGAGAGGAGGGAGCCAUGGUGUAAACUGUGAAGGGUUUCCAAGGUUGCACUUUCCCCCCUUUCCUAAUGUCCAUUUGUCUAGUCUGUCAGCUGUCUGUCUGUGUCUGUGUAUGUGUUUCUUUCCUUUUUUUUUUUUUUUUGGUUGGAGUUUUGAAACAUUUUGUACCUGUUGA